AUCUCGGUCGAAUUGUGCAAUCUUGAGAAUUGAUCGGACAGAAGCUGCCUGAAACCCCGUUGGCGUUUACAAGCAGCUACUUUUGCAAAAUGUUCACGUUCGACGCUUUUGCUGUCUUCAACGUCCUACUUUUUCGAGGAUGAAUACUCCUUCGGACGAAAAGACGACGAAACGAAGGAGGGUCCGAAAAGGCACUCACAGCUGCUGGGAGUGUAGGCGAAGAAAAGUGAAGUGCACCUUUGCAUCGCUGGAUGAUGUUCGAUGCGUCACGUGCGUUCGUCGGAGGGCAAAAUGUGUCAGUCAAGAGGAUGCGGAUGGACCGGAUGAAGCAGAGAACGAUACGACCCGCAUUGAGCAAACCAAAAAAAUCUACGACAAUCAGUUUGGGAUUCGUGCCGCAAAUGAUAAUGACUCACAGCCAAAUUUGCAUCAUGGUGUUAUCGGUAGCGGUAUGUCGACUACUUGUUCGGCCGCUGCGGAAAAUGGACAAAGCAGCUCAUUGGCCUACCUAAUGGAUGAAAGUCCAAGUCGUCGGACACAACACUCUCCGAACAUGCUCGUAACACCGGAGUGUUUACCAACCCCAGCGUCCAGCUUGGCAACUUUUGCGGAGCCGAAGAAGUACAUGGCAAUUACGCACACACUGCUAUGCAGUCUCCCUCCUCGAAGAGAUAUCGAGAUUCUGGUCGGAAGAAUACGACAUGUCUCGGCUUUAUGCUACCAGUCAAAUUACAAAUGUAGAAGCAGAAACGAGAAUGCCCAACCCCAAGUGCUGAUCCCACUGGCGAAUCUCCUCCAUCCUGAAUCUCACCCCGUUCUGCUGGCCCGGCAGAUGUUACUUUUCGCAGCAGGCGUGCAAUAUCUGUCUCCAAAUGAGGUAAUACCAGGCCUGACCGAGCAUCAUUAUACCAUUAUGGAGAGUCUUGCGGAAUCAGCAAUCAAAAUGGUGACCACAAACGACUCAUUAGUAGGCACAUUAGAAGGUCUUGAAAAUAUCAUCUUGGAAGCCUUCUUUCACAUUGACAGCGGAAAUAUUCGACGAGCCUGGAUUACAAUGCGCAGGGCUGUCACGGUGGCCCAGCUGCUAGGUUUGGACCGACAAGGGCAUUAUCGUUUUAAGCUUUUGAGCCAAGAAAACGAACUUGAUCCUGAGAUGAUGUGGAUUUGCGUUGUUUCCAUGGAGCGCUCGUUAUCUUUGCUCUUAGGACUGCCUACAAGCACAGGCAUGCAUAUCCCUACAGUCAAGGCCUGUGAAAACAAGCCCGUAAGCAGCUGCAUAUCCACACUCGUUAUCGACGUUACGGCGAAGAUUCUCCAGAGAAAUGAAGUUCACGAUCAUGAGAAGGCAAGCGCCAUCACGCGCGAGAUCGGUCGAGAACUCAUCGACAUAUCCAAGAACUUACCGUCCGAGUUCUGGAAACCAUUGAACUUCGCUGGCCUUGAGAUAGACUCUACCGAAGCCUUCUGGGAAACGAGACGGACUUGGGACCACAUGUGCUAUUAUAACCUUGUAGCCCAACUUCACUUGCCUUACGCAAUGUGUCCAGGCCACAACAGCCAGACCAUUUCCUCGCGCAUCGCUUGUGCCAAUGCUUGUCGAGAAAUACUGACUCGCGAGAUUACAUUUCGCAAAUUCAAUCCAAUAACUGCCUCCUGUCGCAUGGCCGAUUUCCUAGCACUGGUUGCCGGCAUGGCCAUCAUCCUGGCUCACAUUGUCAGUCACUGUCGUCAGGAGGUUGAUGACCCACUCGUUCAUCAGCGAUUGGGAGAUCGCGCAGCCGUAGAGGAGGCUCUUGAUUGCAUGAGAUCCAUGUCCGAAUUACGCGAAGAUAUGCUCGCCGCAAGAUGUGCGGCCCUGCUUAAGCACCUGCUGGUCAUCGAAGCGGACGCAGCGCAAGGACAGCGAUAUCGUAUCGACCGACUGGAGCCCGCAGACGCUGUCGAAGAAGAUGACCGAAAUGUACUUGUCAUCAAAGUUCCGUACGUGGGAGGUAUCAGAUUUACGCGAGAAGGCAACACACCAAUGGCACCUUUGCACAUCGCAAGCGACAGAGGACUUGUUGAUGGCGUCCGUAUCGGUGGCAUCGGAUCCGUACAUAUAAGCAACAAAAGUGCCUUGAACGAAAUGAAGAGCGAUAGCAGCGCCAAUAUGGCCAUCAAUCAAGCAAUGACCACACGAACUUCACAUACGCCGUCAAUGCACGACUAUAUAUCACAUGUUCCACAAAUCAUGCCCGGGGAUAUGUUUUCGCAGCACAACCAAAUGUUCCCCGAUGCGGCCGCUGGAAUGGAUGAUUGGGUGUUCCAAGGCUUUGACACCGCAUUUUUUGACACCUUGAUCCGCGGAGCGACGAAUCAGCAGCAGAUACAUGGUGCUGAAGCGUUAUACGCCCCUUAGAUUUUUCACGUGCUAUGCGAAAUGAUCAUGACAUGGACACGGUGAGGUUAACGUGAUUUCUGGAUUUCAUUUCUUAUGCUCAGCUACAUCUAAUGAGUGGGUGAACGUCCGCCGAGCUGCUCCUAGCAAAUGAGCGACGAAUUUUCUACGAACCGAAAAGUAGCAAGAAUAUCAGCAUUUACUUAGUGCACCAUCGCCGCAUCCACGUCAACAUCGACGGUAAGGAUAUUUUUAUCAUCCGGAUCAUCUGGAACAAGUGUCGCAACCGAAAUAUGCGGCCAACUCAAUGGCCCAAAGUUGAGCAGCACCAACUGACUGUAUUGAAUUUGCGUCGAAUGAACGGCGACGCGAGUUGGCUUGAUAACUGGGCGGUUUGGCCUGACUCUGAACGCACGUGGACCCUGUACAGAAGGAUCUUGGUCAACCGGUACGCAUAUGGGCAGCGUGAUCUUCGGAUUCCACGGCGGGAUAAUGAUUUCGUUGCGGACGGUGGAGAUCCAAAAAGUUGCCUCCAUAUGCGCUGCAUCUGCGUUUGAUCGGGACGGGUUGUUCGCGUCAGGAUUGAACGUCGUAGUGUUGAGUUCGCUGUCAUCAGGAUUAUCUGGUGGGCUUCCAGGACCGGCGGCUUUGUCAAUUUCCGGUUCGGAAAGAAAGGCAAUGUUGGCGGUGCCGCCUCCCUGCAAAGCCUUUUUCUUUUCGGUGGUAACGGUAAAAGUGAUGUGAUCCACAAUGUUCUUCUUGUCGUUAUUUUGCUUCAAAAGCCAAUUUGGAUCGUAGAAAACAUUCUGAGUGAUGACGGACUUAGGUCCUUUGACGGUCUGGGGGAUACGAAAUUUGUCAGGGUCGUCGUAUACGGUAUUAUGAAAGAGCGUUUUUGGAACUCUUUGGCUUGGAUUAUCAAUGGUAAAGGGGAUGGUUGGCAACUUUCUGUUCGAGCUGGCAGGGAUCGAGACGCCAUUCACGUCGUCCCAAAGAGGAAUGACGGGUGGACCCGCCUCGACCUUUGUCGGAUCAAGGCCUUGUGCAUUGAUCGUUGUGCCGUGAGGAAUGGAAGCCAUACGAGUGAUAGUAGCUGGGGUACGUGGUGGAGACCCAGAUUGGGGAGCUACAUCAACUCCUGGUGUGGCGUUGAGUGCUGGGACGCGCAUGAACAACCCGGGCUCGAAGUGGAUGUCCGUCUUAAGCUUAGACGUUGGUGUGACAUCAACGGGGUUCAGGACAUUAGCAACAGUCUGAAUAUAUGGGGUUCCCUUGAGAUUGACGUGUUCCUGUUUGCCAAAGCCACGAUUGGGAACAUUGUUCAACACUGAUGCCCCCAAAAACUGGAGCUUCUCCUCAGUCAGGUCGUAUUCUAGAAGAUUGUCCUUAAGAGCAUUACCCGGUGCUGUUGGGUCAUCAGCAGGGUCGAAAGAGCUCGGUCCAUUUCUCGGGCGAAAGAUCAUGUUUAGACCCCUUCCUUUGAAGGUACCAGUGAAUCUUGAAAGGGCUAUACCCAGUUCACCUUCGGCAGGAUCUUUAUCUGGCCUACCAAGGGGCGGCUCUGGAACGGCCGGUGCAGCC